UUAUGCGUAGGUAGUGUUCAGUGUUUCAUAUAUAUAUAAUUAACGAGAGCGCGCGGUUGACAAACUUAAGCUUACAUCAUUAAUACGGUGUCCUAUACCUUAAUCACGUUACACUAUCAACCCGGACCUCGCUUUGAUUCUAUACAGUUAUAAACCAAACUCCAAAAUCAUUAAUUAGUUUAUUUUUUACCUCUUAAAGAGACGCAUGAGAAGUGAGCUAUGGUUAACCGUACCCUAAACUUCUCUGUUCUUCACUAGCCCUCUUUCUCUCUCUAGAUCUUGUGUGUUUGUCAGAUGGGAGAGAGCAUACACGUGGAUAGAUCCACAUAUAAGACCUACAUGAGAAACAACAAAACCCAGUUGUGAGGUUAUGCUCUAAACACCUACUAAACACAUAUAUGGGUCACCACCAUAACAUAGCAUAUACCUAUGAAUCAUGAUAUCAUUUUUUAUGUUUUGAUAUUAAUUAGUUUGUAUUAAGUGAGAGUAGAAUUCAGUGUCAUUAUCACCUCCAAUCUGAAUCCGAGAAAUGUUUUAGUCGAAAACUGCUUGAAAAUGUAUCAAACAAAAUAUAAACCUAUAAUAUAUAAAAAUUGAGGAUAUAAACCAUCGAAAGCAUCCACAUAAAAUUUAAAACAAUCAACUAAAAUACGAUAAAUUAUCAUCUUCAUUUAUUUUAGUUUUCUAAAAUGUCAAUAUUUCCAGAUAUUUUUAAAUUAAAACAAAAUUACUAUUAAAUAAAUAAGUUAAACUAACAAAAUAAAUAUUAACAUUUGAAAACUAACUUAAAAAUGGUAAAUAUUAUAGUAAAAUGGAAAAGUAAUUAUUUUUGGUGUGAUAAAUCCAAAGUAAAAUUUAUAAUAAAAUAAAUGGUAAAUUAAUGCUAAAAUAGUUAAAGUAACAAAAUUAAACAUCUAAAAACAUUCACAAUUAAUAAAACAAGAAAAUUAUAUUUCCAAAAUAUGUUUUAAAAUAAAACGAAAUUACUAUUACAUAUAUAAGUUAAACUACCAAAUUAAAUAUAUAUACUCUACAAAAGUUGAGGCUAUAAGCCAUCGAGAAUGUACACAUAGUAUUUCAAAAUAAAUAUGAUGAAAAGAACGAGUUUUUUUCUAAGCAAAUAUAUAUAUGAAUACAAUAGUAUACUAACACUGGUGAAGGCUAAUUAGAUAAAUAUAAUACUAAUAUAUAUAUACAUAUAUAUAUGUAUUAACAUUGAUUUUUUAGUAUUAGCUUACGUAAACAUUUCAUGUGUAUCUUUAAAGAGAAACAACAUAGUUUGAUUAAUAGGGAAUUUCUUAAAAUAUCAUUAAUUGGAUAUCACUUUUCAAAAAUAAUUUAAUCUAAAAUAUUUUAAUAUUUGUGUUUAUGGUUUUGUAAAUAUUGUUUAGGAUUUAGUAUUUAGGGGAGGGUUGGGUUUAUAAGUUUCUAUAAAUAAUUUUUAAACAUUUACAAAUGAUUUGGAACGGUUAGUUUAGUUUUGUCCACAAAUUUAAGCUAUUUAUAAAAAUGGUCAUUUUUUAACGGUAAAUUUCAAAUGUGAUAUCAAUUUUGUGGUAAAAUUAAAAUUUUCACUUAAUUAAUUGGUAUUGUUCUCCGCAGCCUUGCAUUCAAUCAAAACAAGCUAUCUUUUGUCACGUUAAAAUAUAAGUUGAGAUUAUAAGUUUUUAAAAAAUGUUCAAAUAUGAUUUCAAAUUAUCAGUCAAAAUAUGUUAAAUUAUUAUUGUAACGUGUAAAUUUUAAAAUUUCUGGAAAAAUAUUUUAUAUAAAAUAAAAAUUAAUAUAAAAUAAAAUUAAUUAAUAAAACUAAAUCAUUAAAAAUGAAUUAACUUAAUAUAGAUACUAAAUUGUUGAAAUAACAUUAAAAUUAGUUGACAAAAAUAUUAGCAAAAUUUUCCAAAAAACUCAUAAUUUGUUUUGAAAUACAAAUCUACACUUCAUGUUGAAAGUAUUUUUGAAAUGUGCUAACUUCUUGUUGAAAGUUUUUUUGAAAAGUGGUAACUAACUUAAGAUAUUUUAAUUAGUCUCUAGGAUUUAGAACCAUUAAUCAUGUACAUUUUCAAGUUGACAUUUUUUAAACAAUUAUAUAUUUUAACGUAAUUUAUAAAUUCAUAAAUAAAAACAAAUAAUCAUUUUUUUGUCAGCAAUUUAAACAUACUCAACUAAGACUUUGCAAACCAAACUGUUAUAAAUUAUAUAUUUUUAACAUAAUUUGUAAAUUCAUAAAUAAAAACAAAUAACUUUUUUUUGUCAGUAACAUAAACCGACUCAACUAAGAUUCUGCAAACAAACCAAACUGGUAACUCUGUAUUUAUAUGAACAUAAAAGACGGUUGAGUCUUGUCACUGCGUGCAAGAGUGUCCGCCUUUGUAUUCUUCGUUUUGGGUAUAUGAAUGAGCUCCGAGUGAUUGAUUUUUUUUUUCAUUAUCUUGAUAUCUUCCAAAUAACUUAUAAAAAUAGUCAAUUCUUCUGAUUCUGAAAUUAUCUUUUUUUUGAAACUAUUUUAACCAAUUGAAAACAAUCAUAAAUUCUUUAUACAUUCCCUCAGAUGAACGUUUCUAUUUCCAGAUGAAGAUGUGAGAGGAUGGCAGACCAGCAAGCUCAGCCUCAGGAAAAAAGAGACGAGAACUAUCUUCAUUUAAAUUCUGAACGUAUCGCAAGCUCAUUAAUUUCAUUUCUCAGGCUAUCCAUUUCCUCUUUUUUUGUUGCAGUAAAGUUCAGACCAUUGUGCUCGGAGUCUCGAACCUGUCACUGAUAAAACAGAAAUCAAUACAUUUCUUCAACACAGACAGCUUAGUAAAGAAAAAAAAAGAAGUAUGCAAGCAACUCUUUCAAAUGUGCUACGAAAUAGAGCUCAUUACUGCAACCACUUUCUUCUGGAGCAACAGAAGGAAAUAUUUAAUUAGAACCUCUAGUGAAACCCUAAAUAUUCAUGCACAGAUAUAAAUAUUCUUUUGAUAUUCCUUGGAUUUUUUCUAACAUGUAUGCGUUAAUCUCGUCAACUGUCUCAUUUCCUGGAGUUAGAAUAGCUCUCUUGGUAAUUCUUGCUUUUGUACUUUUUGAUAGCAUAUUUUCUGCGCUGGUGUCUCCGAAAAUAUCCUGCAAAUGAUUUCCAGAUGAUUGCAUUAAGACUUUGGGAUUAACUACGACUAUUUGACCAUUGUCUUCGUUGGCUGCUCUUGCUUCGUUUCUAGGUGCAUUUCCAUCACCAACACAUAGCAGCCAUUCCGCAAAGCUUUCUUGUGAUUUUUCGUCUCAUAUUCUGUUUGAGAUCAAAGACUUUGCAGAAGUCCCACAAGUGUGACUAUUUUAUUGUAACUAAAACUGUGUCAGCUCUAUAACUUUGUCGAAUUAUCAGUAGUGUUUGCCUUAAGUCUCCACCUAAUAAUAUAGUUUUGCCUCCAAAAGGUAAAAGCAAUGCUGCACUACCGGAUGAAGCAACUGGGAGUACUAUUUCUUUUCUUUUUUUUUUCUGAUCGCAACUUAGAAAUAAUGAUGUUGUAAAGGUAUGUCUUCCCUGUUCCACCAGGAACGUAUAGAAAACAAUAAUUUACCCAAACCAUUUUCAACUGACUCCAUAACUGCAUCAUAAACUUUUCUUUGCUGCACAUUUAGACUGUUGCAUCGUUUGCUAUGUUCCUCUUUUUCUUGAUGUAUAUUGUAUUGUAACUCUUGGUUUAGCAGUGUGUUACCUAGUUCUUUUAUAACUGUUAGAUCUGGUUUUGGCAUGUCAUUUAACUCGUCUAGUGACCGUUCAUGCCGGUGCAUCACUUUCUCUAUCUCGCUCAUGACCGAUGAAACCGACAUGUCGAUCAACACGACGAAACCAACAUCUCUUUCGAGACUAUGAUAAAUGAACUACGUUAGACUUAACCCCGCAAUGGGUACGUAGGCAGCUCGACUUCAAGUUCAGUCACGAUCCUUCUUUCUCCCGAAAUCUCUAUGCUAUUUGGCAUGCGAAUAGAGUCCAUUUCUGUCAACUCAUACAUGAUUACAUUUGUGUCCUGAAGAUAUAGUUGCUUAUGCUAUUUCUUUCCUAAUCUUUACAAACAAUCACUACCAAAUACCUAAUGUGGGUUUUAGGAUCCACAAUAAUGUCGUGCUCAGUUCGGUUUUAUAUUUUUUUAUAAAACCAAAAACUUAACUGAAUUAGAAAUGAUUCAGAUUUGGAUUGGGUUUAAAGUAGAAACCAACAAAAACUCGAAAAUCCGAGUUAAAUCCAAAAAAUCAAAGAAAAUAUUCGGGUUAUUCAACUUUUGAUAAAAAAUUAUUUGUAUAUAUACAUAUAUUUUUAAAAAAUUAAAUUUUAAAUAUAAUUUUAGGUAAAUAAAUGAUAUUUUUGAUAUUUGGAUACAUGUUCGGAUUUUGGUUAAGUUCCGGUUCAAUUUUGUUUUUUAGUUUUUUUUUUUUAAAUAUGAUCUGAUCCGUUCGGGUUUUUGUAAGUUUCAGUUCGGUAAGUUUUCUUUUUGGGUUUCGGAUAAUAUGCCAAUGACUAAUUGACAUGAUUAUUUUCUUUUACCUACACAAUCUGAAUUACUUAGAAACCGAAAUUAGCUGUUAAACAUAACCAAAAUGUUCAAUUGGAGUUCCAUUUGGCAAGUUUACUCACCGGUUAGGAAGAUCAACUAAGUAGAAUCCAUAUACAACUUAAUUUGUUUCCAAGUAUUUCCACCUGACAAUGUAACAUCAGAUUUUAAUUAGAGCUAAAUUGAAUGAUUUUAUGUUGUAAUCAGUGAACCAUUACGCGUUGACCUAAAACCUUUUUUCUCAAGUCAACCUGACCUAAGUUCCAGCGAUAAAGCAAACGAUUCGGUUGAGGUUGGACCCAUUAGCUCGUGCACAAGUUCUGGGAAGAGGAGAGAGUUCAGUUCUUGCGGUUUGGCUCUCAAUUUUUUAAAUGCCGUAGGAGUUUUUUAUGCUUUGGUUUGGGAAUUUGUUAGAGGGAGAAAUCUUGUGUUAGGUUCUGUAUAGUUACCGUAGUGGUACUGAUUUGUAACCCAAAGUUAUAUAAAUAAAUAAAAAGAAGUUAAAAAAAAAAAAAAGUUCCAGCGAAUCAUCGGAUAGAAACAACUCAUAUGUAUUAAGCAUGUUUAUGUACAAGAAUGUAUCUAAGAAGGUAUCUACAUUCUGUAACAAUGAAUAUCAAUAUUUAGGCCUAUUUUCUGUCGACGAAUUUGUUUAAGGCCCAUCAAAUGCGUUGCUAGGAAUACAAUAACGAAUAGUGGAAUACACGACCAAGUUGAGCAAACGCCGAAAAUUAGUCGCUCCCCAUGACACAAGAAUGAUGAUAUUUUCAUAUUAAGCACUCGAAUAUUAGGGUUAAACAUUUAUACAAUGAUUUUAGGAAUUACAAGACAGAACGCUAACCAACUACAUGAAAGUUAUGAUCAAUUUUUUUUUUUUUUGAAACUGAAUUAAACUGUAUUUGUUAGGGAAAAUAAAAUAAAAAGAACAAAACAUUCCACGUUUUUGUCUCUUAAUCUUUGUUUAUGUCACCUGAUAACAACAUCUCCAAAAUAAUAUAUAUCUUACACCUCAUUAGUCCCUUCUUAGCUAUUGUAUUAAUAAUAAACUAGAUAGUAAAACGGAAAUUUUAAAUGAUCGUUGAGAUGUUUUAAGAUCUUUCAGUGAUCGCUUUUUCUAGGCUUUGUUUCAUUUCUGAUACGUGUGGGUCAUUUCUCUACGAAAUCCCAGGACAAUGGUCAAUGUAUCUAGUUUUGAGACAAGUCAUGUUCAUUCAAGAAGUCCCACACAGUUGGAGAUGAAGAAGGGAAAAAUCGAAGAGAAGGCAAAGACCGUACCUUUCUACAAACUGUUUUCUUUCUCAGAUUUUACCGAUGUGUUGUUGAUGAUCGUUGGUUCGAUCGGAGCUAUCGGAAACGGUCUUGGUUUUCCGUUGAUGACAUUGUUGUUUGGUGAUCUUAUUGAUACGAUUGGUCGAAACCUAUUCACAAACGAUAUUGUCGAGUUAAUCUCCAAGAUUUGUUUGAAAUUUGUCUACCUUGGACUUGGGACAUUUGUAGCAGCCUUUCUUCAGGUGUCUUGUUGGGUGAUUACGGGAGAAAGACAAGCUGCAAGGAUAAGAAGUUUAUAUCUGAAGACAAUACUAAGACAAGACAUUGUAUUCUUCGAUGUGGAAACAAACACAGGAGAAGUUGUUGGUCGUAUGUCAGGUGAUACUGUUCUUAUACUAGAUGCUAUGGGUGAAAAGGUUGGGAAGUUUAUACAGUUGCUCGCAACAUUCUUGGCUGGAUAUGCUUUAGCGUUUGUGAAAGGAUGGUUACUUACACUUGUUAUGUUAGCCUCAAUUCCUCUCCUAGCUAUGGCUGGUGCAGCUACAUCGAUUAUUUCCACUAAAGCUUCUUCUCAACAACAAGCUGCUUAUGCCAAAGCAUCAACUAUUGUUGAACAAACUUGCGGGUCUAUUCGAACCGUUGCUUCAUUCACGAGAGAGAAGCAGGCGAUUAGUAGCUACAAAGAAUUGAUAAACUUGGCCUAUGAAUCGACUGUCAACCAAGGUUUCUCUACGGGUUUAGGGUUGGGAGUAAUGUUCUUGGUGUUCUUUUGUAGCUAUGCUUUGGCUAUAUGGUUUGGUGGAGAGAUGAUACUCAGAAAAGGGUAUACAGGUGGUGCAGUGAUUAAUGUAAUGGUCAUUGUGGUCACAAGUUCGAUGUCUUUAGGGCAAGCAGCACCAUGUCUAACCUCAUUUGCAGCUGGUCAAGCUGCAGCUUAUAAAAUGUUUGAAACGAUAAAAAGGAAGCCGGUGAUUGAUUGUUUUGACCUAAACGGAAAGGUUUUAGAAGAUAUACAAGGCAAAAUAGAGCUGAGAGAUGUGUGUUUUAGUUACCCUGCAAGGCCUAGAGAAGAGGUCUUUAGAGGAUUCUCUCUGAUGAUCUCAAGUGGCACAACCACUGCUUUGGUAGGAGAAAGCGGGAGCGGUAAAUCUACAGUGAUGAGUUUAAUAGAAAGGUUCUAUGAUCCGAAUUCCGGCCAAGUGCUUAUUGAUGGUGUUGACUUGAAGGAGUUUCAGCUGAAAUGGAUUAGAGGAAAGAUUGGAUUGGUUAGUCAAGAACCGGUUCUGUUUUCUUCAAGUAUAAUGGAGAAUAUUGGGUACGGGAAAGUCGGAGCGACUGUCCAAGAGAUUGAAGCAGCUGCGAAGCUAGCAAACGCGGCUAAGUUUAUCGAUAAGUUGCCUCGGGGUUUAGAGACAAUGGUAGGUGAACAUGGAACUCAGCUCUCAGGAGGACAGAAACAGAGGAUUGCUAUCGCUAGGGCCAUACUUAAAGAUCCUAGGAUUUUGCUGUUAGAUGAAGCGACAAGCGCUCUUGAUGCAGAAUCCGAACGAGUGGUUCAAGAAGCUUUAGAUAGGGUGAUGGUUAACCGGACUACUGUGAUUGUCGCACAUCGGUUAAGCACAGUGAGAAAUGCUGAUGUGAUUGCUGUUCUUCACCGUGGAAAGAUAGUUGAAGAAGGUUCACAUUUGGAGUUACUCAAGGAUCAUGAAGGGGCUUAUUCACAACUUAUACGGCUACAAGAGAUAAACACAGAAUCAAAACGAUUAGAGAUUUCAAAUGGACAGCAAGACGGAUCUAUCAGGAAUGGAGGAAACAGUGCCAGUGGGAUGCAUGGUGAUGAUGAUGAAUCUGUUUCCGCUCUUGGCUUACUUGCAGGACAAGAAAACACUGAAAUGCCUAAAGAUAUGCCCCAAGAUGUGUCAAUUACUCGAAUUACUGCUCUUAACAAACCGGAGGCUCUGAUUCUUACACUUGGAACCAUAGUAUGUGCACUUGACGGCGCUAUAUUCCCCAUCUUUGGACUCUUCUUUGCUAAAGUUAUCAUGUCUUUCUUCCAACCGCCUCAUGAGCUGAGGAGCAAUUCGAGAUACUGGUCGAUAAUAUUUGUGCUUCUCGGUGUACUCUCUUUGGUAGUGUAUCCAACACAUAUGUCCUUGUUUGCUGUAGCUGGAGGGCGACUGGUUCGUAGGAUAAGAUCAAUGUGUUUUGAGAAAGUUAUUCACAUGGAGAUUGGGUGGUUUGAUGAGCCCGAGAACUCGAGUGGUGCCAUUGGAGCAAGGCUCUCUGCUGAUGCAGCCUUGAUCAGGACACUUGUGGGCGACUCUUUGGCUCUAACUGUCAAGAACGUUGCAACCGCAGUGGUGGGAAUAAUCAUAGCUUUUGUGAUUAGCUGGGAGUUAGCUGUUAUUAUCUUAGUAACGAUUCCUUUAACUGGAAUCAAUCAUUACGUUCAGAUUAAGUUCAUGAAAGGCUUCAGCGCAGACGCAAAGACAAAGUACGAGGAGGCGAGUCAAGUGGCGAGUGAUGCGGUUGGGAGUAUAAGAACGGUUGCGUCUUUCUGUGCGGAGGAAAAAGUGAUAGAGAUGUAUAAGAAACGAUGUGAAGAAACAAUCAAAUCGGGGAUGAAGCAAGGACUAGUGGCAGGAUUAGGGUUUGGUCUCUCCUUCUUCGUUCUUUACUCUGUCUACGCUGCUUGUUUCUACGCAGGUGCUAGAUUGGUAAAAGACGGAAGGACAACUUACAACGGUGUUUUUGAGGUUUUCUUAACAUUGACGGUGACAACAAUUGGGAUUUCUGGGGUGAGUUCUUCCGCUCCUGAUUCAAGCAAAGCUAAGAGUGCUGCUGCUUCGAUCUUCAGAAUCGUCGAUAGGAAAUCGAAGAUAGACACGAGAGAUGAAUCAGGGAUGGUGUUGGAGAACGUAAAGGGAGAUAUCGAGUUUUGUCACAUAAGCUUUGCUUACCAAACUAGACCUGAUAUUCAGAUUUUUCGUGACCUUUGUUUCUUCAUUCGUGCCGGAAAGACUGUUGCUUUGGUCGGAGAAAGUGGAUCAGGUAAGUCUACGGUGAUAUCGCUGUUACAGAGGUUUUACGAUCCGGAUUCGGGUCAUAUCACUUUAGACGGAGUUGAUCUCAAGAAGCUGCAACUGAAAUGGCUGAGACAACAAAUGGGUCUUGUAGGGCAAGAGCCUGUACUAUUCAACGACACAAUACGAGCCAACAUUGCUUAUGGAAAGGGAGGAGAAGAAGCAACCGAGGCUGAGAUCGUAGCUGCUUCCGAGCUCUCUAAUGCUCAUAAAUUCAUCUCUAGUAUACAAAAGGGUUACGAUACUGUGGUCGGUGAGAGAGGGAUACAGUUGUCAGGAGGACAGAAGCAACGCGUGGCGAUUGCACGUGCCAUCGUGAAAGAACCGAAGAUCUUAUUACUGGACGAAGCGACGAGCGCGUUGGACGCAGAAUCGGAGCGUGUGGUUCAGGACGCACUUGACCGGGUGAUGGUGAACCGAACCACGAUCGUGGUGGCUCACAGGCUGUCGACGAUCAAGAAUGCUGACAUCAUUGCCGUAGUGGAGAACGGUAUGAUCGUUGAGAAAGGGACGCACGAGACGUUGAUGAAUAUCGAAGGUGGUGUUUAUGCUUCCCUCGUUCAACCUCACAUGAGUGCUUUCUAAUUGAUACAAUCAUACAACACAGUAUUUUUCAUAUAAUAAACAAAAGAUAGAAAUUAAAGACACGAAUGUUUCGAACAAAAUGUUUUUUUUUUCUCCGAACAAAAUGUUUUGUAUGAAGAAUUUUUCAUUGUUUGUUUGGCUGAAGAAAAUAAAGAUUUUUGUAAGGAUUUGAAUCCACAUUCGUGCUUUAGAAUUACAAUGAAUCAAACGUAUCUUUCAUUCGAUACUACAAAAGAGUCUCACGAUAACUACUUAAUAAUCACGAGAGUAUAAUGAGCAAAAUACAACUCUUUAGUAUUUUCCUUGAUCUUUCUCUUUCUCGUUAUUGUCUUUGUAUUCAGAUGAUUAGAAAGCUUUAACCACCUCUUCUACUUAUAGUACUUAGAUUUUCUUAUUCUCAAUUGUGUGAACAAAAUUUUCAACCGACGUUUGAUCAGAAGAGUAAACUAGCUGAUUUGUUUUCUUUUGCUUUGACGCAUGAUUUCCUUAUUAGGCUGGACAUUGUGUAGGAAAUGAUGAGUUACGCGCCCAUAUUCACACAAUUUUUAUAUGGUCAAAUUUAUCCUAGCUAUUCUCAGUGAUAGAUCACAUAAACAAUUUAAAUUAAAAUCACUAGAUAAAAUACCAAAAUAUAGGCAUGAAACCGUACAACGAAUUAUAAUUUUUUUAGUCUCUUAAAAUUUUGUCAAACAUUUGAAGUAUAGGGGGCAUAAAGCAAUAUAGCAACAGGGGCAUAUCUUAAAUUUGUUAUAAAAUUAGACUAAUUUUAAAAUUUCUAUGGUUGGCAACUGCCCCACCCUGCCUAAUACAUAGUCUCAUAUCACACAAUAGACUAUAAAUUUCAGAUUAAACUAGGUGAAUAAUAAGAAAAAAGUAAAUGGUAGUAAAUUAAUAGACAAUUUUCUCAAAUAAGCAUUUUUAAGUUUUUAUCACAAAAAUAGCCCUCAAAAAAGAAAAUGAUCAAAAUAGCAUAUUUUUAUUUUGAAAUUUUUAAUAUUUAUUUUUUAAAAUUUGAAACUCUAUCACCAAAACCAUAUCCCUUAACUAAAUUAAUACAGUUGUAAAUUCUAGAAAAAAAUACGCUAGACCCAUGGUAGUUCAAUCUAUUCAGACAAGCAUUAAAAUCAUGUUUGACAUGUUCACUAAAUCAGUAAACCAAAUUUCUUUGCAUAUAGGUAUUUAACUCAUCAAAAUUAAUAUGCAAUUAAUAAUGCUUUCGCAUCUACUAUUUAUCCUAAGAUCUAGACUUCAAAUUGUCAAUCCAAAUCUAACAUUGAGAACAAUCAAGAUAAAGAAUAAAAGAUAAACCCUAAUACUUCAUUCUAACAAUUCAUUCGAUCCUUUGAAAACCCUAAGUCCAACUGGUGAUUUAUUCAAACAUGAUCAAUAAAACACAAAUCAUAUUCUGAGCACAUUUAUCCAGAACCGAAUAACGGGAAUCGAACCAAACCAAAAAAUUAGGGUUGAUUCGGAUUUAGGUCCUAUCAAUUAUUUGAUUGGGUCAUAUCAGUAAAACUAAAAUACCAAAAUCAAUGAGAAACUGAACCGAAAUCCAAAUGGGUACAUGAAUUUCUAUAAUAUAAUUUAUAUUCUUAUAAAUUUUAACUAUAUUCAGUUUUAAAAUAAAUGAAUAAGUUAAAAAUAUUAUUUAUAAGUCGAAAUACCUAAAAAUGAAUCAUCACAAUACUUUUUAUUCAAAAUUUUCAAAUAUUAUCUGAAUAAUCCAAAUUUUUACCAAAAACUCAAACGAAGUUAUAUUUAAUCAGAAAACCUAAAUUUCUGAUUUUUAAUCCGAAUUAACCGAAAAAUUGGAACCAAAUAGGAUCCGCAAUUACCUCAAAUAUUAGCAGGUUUCCAAUUUUGUUACCCGAACGGUAAUAACCUAAACGGAACCAAAAUUUUAAAAUACCUGGAUAGAUGCUAAACUUCUAGAACUGAAGAAUCAAAGAAUCGAAAAAAACGAA